AUGGAUCCCUUCAAAUUCUUCCCAUGGAAGCCCACUGAGCUGAAAGCAUGGCUGCGGCAUUCCGACUUUCUGAGGAGGUCUGGAAGCCUCACUCGACUCAAGGCCUCUCGUAUUGAAGGGAAUGGCUAUUGGAUCUUCGCAAAUGAGGCCUUUCGGGGAUGGCACUGGUCCUCAGAACCCUCCAUUCUCUGCCUCACCGGCGAUUCAGGGACGGGCAAAAGUACCAUGGCAGCGUCCAUCGUCUCCUAUCUUCGUCACGCAGAACAUGAGGUCCCCAUCCUGUUCUUCUUCAAUCAGGCCAUUGCUACUCGCCAUGCUCUGCAUAUGCUGCUCAGAGACUGGCUCGCCCAACUAGUCGGAUUUUCAUGGACGGUGGAGGAUGAACCGGGAAGAAUCGUCAGAAACCAAGGAAGACCUCCUGAUGAUGUGUCGGUGGAGGAACUAUGGUCAAUCCUUCUUCGAGGACUGGAGGAAGUUCGUCACGUCCGCAUCUACUGUGUUGCUGAUGGCCUGGACGAAAUGGACCCAUCAUCCAGUGCUCUUCUGGAAAGAUUUCUAGAACUGGGACAUUGCAGACCUAUAACUGUCAAGCUUCUUCUAACCAGUCGUUCGGUGCCUCAUCUACACGGCCUGUUGAGCCAUCCAUCGAUGCAUCAGGUGCGAAUUGACCAUGAGAGGGGGCUCAAGGCGAACAUCUCUUUUUACGUCAGGUCCAGACUGCUGAAAGCAAAACAUAUUCCCGCAGUAGUUUACCCGCUGAUCCAGUCAUGGAUAGAGAGACAAGCCGGGACAUCGUUUCUAUACGCCCAUAUCGCCGUAAAUAGACUGGUCGAGAAUCAGACCAGAAUGGACAUGGCUACGGCACAUCAAGCGCUCUACGUUGUCCCUCGCAGUUUCACAGAUCUCUAUACAGACAUGCUUCGUCAUGCUAUUACAAAAGACCAUAUUCCUCAGAAAGAUCUGCUUGUCAUUCUGCAGCUUGUCACUCACUGUGCCCGACCACUCCGUCUGAAUGAAAUUGCAGAAGCUCUGGACUUUAUGCGGGUGGCGCCUAACGGACUCCCAAAUACAAAGGCCACGGUUCGAGCAUCAUGUGGCCCUCUGCUAGAGGUCUUACCAGACGAAACGGUCCUAGUUAUUCAUCGUUCAGUCACAGACUUUCUGCUGGAUUCAACUCGCAGUGACGACUUCCCCAUCAUCAGCCAAGUCGACACCCAUAACCUGUUGGCAAAAUUGUGCCUGCAAUAUUUGACCAGCGGCUGUCUCAACCCAGUGCCAAUACGAAUCAAAAAGGAGCUUGACCGGUAUGAUAUGGAAGAAGAGUAUCUUUCUCCCAGCUUUCGAAACGGCCUUGAAAAACAACUCCGUGGUCAUCCUAUGUUAGAAUACGCCUUGAAUCACUGGUACUUUCAUGUGUGCCAUUCGAGAUUAAGCGCAGAGAUUCUAGCUCUCCUGGAAGAAUUUCUGAACCCUCGAAAAAAACCGGUGCUUGUAUGGGUCUGCCAUGCUUUCGGACCAGACUAUGCAUUGAAGCCCAUCACACCACUGCACAUCGCGGCCUGGACGGGUAUGACAAACUAUGCCGACAUCCUCCUUCAAGGGGCCUUUGCCAGAAACCCAGACCCUCCUGAUGAAAAGAGACGCACUCUCUUGGGUACUGCCACACGAAGGGGACACACGGAAUUAGCUAAAUUGUUGCUGGAACGUGGCGCGAGUCCUGACCUCGCGGAUAGUGACUGUGUGAAGCCACUUCAUUACGCUGCAAGCGGGGAUCAUCAUUUAAUCGUCAAAACACUGCUUGUUGCCGGACGCAAAACCCUCGAUGCAUUACUCCAGGGCGGGGCAGAUAUAAAUGUGGGUGACUACGAGGGUCGGACGCUGUUGAUGCAAGCUGUUGUAAAACAAGCAGACAUAGCCUUUGAUUUGCUGCGUCAUGGCGCCGACCCAAAUAUCGGCGAUUCCAAGGGAAGUACGCCUCUCCACGAGGUGAUGCAUGGCACCCGCUCACCCCUCCUCGAUGUUGGACAUGACCCGGACAUGGCACUCCUGCUUCUUUGGUCAUUACUGGAACAUGGUGCGUCGAUAUACACUCGCAGAAAGCCCACUGGGGACACACCAUUGCAUACCUUCCUUUCGGCUGGCGGUGACCCUCUCGACCUGCCCCCGCAUCCGGACAACAUAGACUGGAAUGUUGUAGAUGCGACAGGCAAUACACCUCUCCAUUAUGCAAUGGAACACUGUGGUAAAUUCAAGGAGGAGUGCAUCAAAGAUCUAGUCGAUGCGGGUGCAAAAAUCAACCACAUGAACCAUGCCGGGCAGACACCAUUGCACAAGGCGGCCAUGACUAAAAAUCUUCCCAGAGUCCUGCCCAAAAUGCUCAAGCGUGGAGCAGGUAUUGAAUAUUGUGACAAUCGCGGGUACACCGUGCUGUUAUAUGCCUUACACUGUCCAUACAGUGCGGCUAAGAAUGUGUCCUGUCUUGUCAAUGCGGGAGCUGAUGUUUUUGCGAUUGAUAAUAACGGAAAUGGCGCCUUGCAUCAAUUUUGCCGGAAUCCCAUGGACAUGAAUUUGUUUCAGCAACUCAUCGAUGCAGGUUGUGAUAUUCAUGAAGUAAACAAUGUCGGAGACACACUACUACAUACGAUCGCCCGGGAUCCAAGAGAAGGAUCCGUCCAGUUAGCACGCAAACUGGUCGAACUUGGCCUGCCAGGGAACACAGGAAAUAACAGUGGCCAGACUCCAGCACAUAUACUAUGCUCUCAUGAGAAUUACUACCAUGGAUACUCCCUCAGCACCAAUUUUUGUAUGCAAUUGCUGGGCCUGGAAACGGGCAUUGGAUCUGGGAUAAAUUUGGAAGACUGCAAUGGUGUCCGGCCUAUACAUCUGGCAGCCAGCGCCACCGAGGCUUUCAUGGCUAAUCUGAUUAACAAGGGCGUGGAUGUCGAGCCACAGACACACCAGGGACGCAAUGUGCUUCAUAUCGCCGCGGUGGCUGGAGAUGCCAACAUGAUUGGACUCGUUUUGGAAGCAUUGGGCCCCGACAAAUCCGCGGUUGCUUGCAAUCAGCAGGAUGAUUCUGGAUUUACUCCAUUACACGAGGCUUGUAGAUCAGGACGACUGGAAUCCGUGGCGCUACUCCUUCAAGCGGGCGCUCAAGCGACCAGCGCCGACAAAAGUCGCCGGACACCGCUUCAUAUAUGUGCCGAGUUUAGCAAAGGGAACCGUCAUGGAGAUGACAUGUGGGAUGCUUACCGAGGAUGGAGUGGUCACUCAGAGAAGGAGACACUGCGCGUUGGAGACAUUGCGCUUCUUCUGAUAAAACACGGGGCGGAUAUGUUCGCAACCAACGAGCGAUACGGACACACGCCUAUCCAACAUGCGACGAAGCAUAAAUGCGAAGAGAUGAUAGCGGCUCUGGAUCCUGCGAUGAAAGAUGCAGCACUUAGGGACAGUUCUCGUGCACCUAAAUACCGAGAUACGUUCAUGGAAAACUACUUGACACUCCGUCGACGAGACAUCCCGAGUCUGAUCGAUGAGUAUCUAAAGGAUGCGGGAAAAGACGUGGCAAGGCUUGGUCUUAGGCUACUCAACCUGGGUGAAUACAACGGCGUGGAAUACCUGGCUAGCAGGCUGGAAGAACCCCCCAUUGACCUCUUAAAGAAGCUAGCAAUGGGUGGCUUCACACGUCUCUUCGAAGCUAUCGGGCGGAAGUUUCCUGAUUCGUCCUGGAUCAACACAACGGUGUUCAAUGACGAUGAAGACGGGCAUGAGACCACAUCUACAUUCCUCUCAAAAACCUGUGAGAGAAGGGUUCCCAACUUAGACAUGAUCAAAGUCAUGGUCGAGGUCUUUGGUGCAGAUGUCAACCUACAAACCUUGCAAACGAAACGACAAUAUCACACCUUGGAUAAAGUGACCGACAAGAGGCACAACGGAGCUCUGCACAUUCUCGCUGUCGGCAAGCAUUGGUGGCAGACAGAAGCCAUGCCGUAUCUGAUCGAGAGAGGCGCUGAUGUGGACUUGGUCAACGCCAAGGGAGACACGCCACUGCGAAUAGCAAUUGGAGGAGGGUAUUGGCGGGAUAAAACAGUCAAGUUACUUCAUGAUAAUGGGGCAAAUCGAAACGUCCGCCCGCACUUUGAUCCGUUUUUAAUAGGGCCGUUCUAUUGA